AUGGCCCGUACAAGACCCAGCGACGCAGAUCCCUUCACGGACAGCGCCGCCAUACACGACGAGCGAGAUGCCAUUGUCGAGUCUACCCUAAGUGUUGGGCGCAAUGCGACCCUCACAUUAGGCACCGAUGCGGUCAUUGUGCUAGAUGAAGGACUCCACCGAGACUCGGGCUUCAACUGCUUCGGCCUGCUCCCUCAGAAAACCACCAGCACACACACGGUACCCUACUUCAACGUCCUCUGGGCUGAGAUUGUCAAGGGCGAUCUCACCAUCCAAUAUGCGAGACCGACUUCGAAAUCCGCACAAUCCCCCGUCCACGUCGCAUACGUAAACUACACGUUAGAAAAUUCGACAUCCGCAGAAGAGAAGGCCGCACGUUGGAUAGCGAGGCUAUUAGACCGGGCGUACGGGCGCGCCCAACGCAACAAGAGAAUUAAGGUACUGAUCAAUCCAUUCGGUGGCGCGGGCAAGGCCGCCAAAAUCUACACAAAAUCCAUCGAGCCCAUAUUUGCUGCGGCGCGGUGCGAAGUCGACGCUGAGCGAACCACACAUAAGGCCCACGCAGUGGAGAUCUGCGAAAACCUGAACAUCAACGCCUUUGACGUCGUGGCGAGCGCUUCCGGCGACGGCCUGCCCCAUGAAUGCAUCAACGGGCUCGCAAGGAAGCCCAACGCAGCAGAAGCCCUACGCAAAGUCGCAGUCGUACAAUUGCCUUGCGGCACGGGCAACGCCAUGUCCUGGAACUUGACGGGCACGGCUGAGCCGAGCACAGCGGCGCUGUGCAUCGUCAAGGGCCUACGUACUCCACUUGACCUGAUCAGCGUGACGCAGGGGAGCACCAGGACGCUGUCAUUCCUGUCACAGUCACUAGGGAUCGUAGCCGAGAGUGACCUGGGCACCGAGAACAUCCGGUGGAUGGGUGACGCCAGAUUCACGUUCGGGUUCCUGGUGCGAUUGCUGGGCAAGACGCUCUACCCGGUCGAGAUCGCGGUGAAGACGGAGAUUGAAGACAAGCAGGCCAUCAAGCGACAUUAUGCCAAGCAAGUUGCCAAACGGGCACAGGCAGGCGGACUAGCGCAGCACGAUCUUGACGGACCCCUGGACACCUCGACGAACUUGGGUCUGCCACCGCUGCAGUACGGGACGGUGAACGACCCGUUGUCCACAUAUGCAGGGUGGUCGCCGAUGACACCCUACCCGAACCUAGGCAACUUCUACUGCGGGAACAUGACUAUGAUGGCGGCGGAUGCGCCAUUUUUCCCUGCCGCCCUGCCCUCGGACGGUAUGUUAGAUCUGGUCACGAUAGACGGGGACAUUUCGCGGAUGCAGGCAAUUGAUCUGCUUCUGUCAGUCCCCAAAGGCACAUUCUUCGACAAGGAGUGCGUGAGAUACCGCAAGGUGAAGGCCGUGAGGGUCAUGCCGCAAUUCGGGCAGAAGGCGGGACUGGAGCAGAAUGAGCGCCGACAAAACACACUGGGCAAGAUGCUCGAUCGGAUCGGCGCUCAGGGCAACGGGCGCAAUGCGUCGAGGGACGGUGGGUACUUCAGCGUUGAUGGCGAAAAGAUGCCCUUUGAACCGUUCCAGAUCGAGGUGCAUAGGAGUCUUGGGACUGUCUUGAGCAAGAAUGUCGGCGUGUAUGAAGCUAUUGGACCCAAGGGCUGGGAGGAUCUGGAUACUGCGACGGGAGAGUGAGGGCAAUCAACGUCUCUGAGCAGAGGAUUUGCCAUUCGCCUGAGUCUUCUUCGGGGCCCGGUAAGAAGACACGAAGAAGCAUGCACAGGAUAAAAAGAUGAUGGUGUUCGGGAUGAGACUUCAGUCUGGCAUCUUGGUUUUGUGUUUUGGGAAAGUGACAUUGCUCAUUAUAUCUCUUGUCAAAUGAUACCCUGCUACGGCUACUGCUACUGUGCUCCAU